GACGAAAAAGAGCGCAAAAGAGCGGAACUGCGGCAGCGGUUGGAGGCGGAGAUGAAGUCCGCGAAGAAGAAGGGAUUCAUGACUCCCGAGCGCAAGAAGAAACUGAGGCAAUUGUUGCGCAAGAAAGCGGCCGAAGAGCUGAAGAGAGAACAGGAGUUGAAAUCCAUAGAAAGGAAGCGCAUUAUCGAAGAGCGAACCGGAGUUCCGAAGAACGUCAAAGAGAUCGCCGACGAAUCAGAAUUGAUCGCAAUUUGCGAAGAAUAUCACAAAAGGAUUGUGUUUUUGGACGAAAAGAAGUUCGAUCUCGAAGUGGAAACUGUUGGCAAAGAAUACGAGAUCAACGAAUUGUCGGCCAAAGUGAAUGACGUCAGGGGGAGAUUUAUAAUCCCGCCGCUGAACAAGAUCUCGAAGACGGCGACGCAGUUGGAGAAGAUGCGUCAGUGGACCAUGAAGUUGGCCAAACUGGACAUGAAGGGCAGUCUUCGGCCCGUGAAGAAGGACAUCUCGAAGGAGUUGGGCGCCCGCGAGACGGACGUCAGUAUCUGUGACGUCAUAUUUGUAUUGAUUAUUGGUUUUCAUUUCCAGAAAGCGUUUGAAUGGAAAACCAAACAAUCGCUAAACGAAUGA